AUUGCCUUUGCUGUACAGGCGGGGAGUUGUAGUGGUAGUGGCGGUAUGUGGCAGCUGUGGCAUGUAAACGAUGUAAACAGUGCGUCACGAGGCUCGGGUCGCAGGUCUCCUCCUUGUCAUUGUCACCCUAGUUCUCCGUAUUUCCUAGCAUAAGGGAUUAUGAGUCCUUAGAAAUAUUCCCUCUUGUCACAUUUGCUCCCCCACACUGAGCAACCAUCAUGCCCAACGAGCAGACGCCACUCUUGGCACGACAUCCCUCAGCCAUGGAUGCAAGGGAAGGGCGACGGCAGACUGUGGCCACAGUGGUCAUCCUGGUGGUGCUUACACUGGAACGGCUUGCCUAUUAUGCUCUUGCCACAAACUUUUUCCUCUUCCUCAAUAAGGGCCCCUGGGAUGGACCACAGGCUUGGGAUUCCCUUGAUGCCAUGAAUGCAGUAUUUGUGCUUGCUGGUGUGUCUUAUAUCUCAGCACUUCUAGGAGGGUACAUUUCUGAUGCAUGCCUGGGCAGGUUCAAAACCAUGGUGUGUGGGUUCUUGCUUAGCAUCACAGGCUAUAUCUUGCUUACCCUCAUGGCUGUGGACAAGCUGCCACGCUUUAUCUGCCCUGCCCUCUGUGACCCAGGUGGAGCUGAUGAUGCAAACAAUGCUCCAUGUAAAGCCGCAGUGUACAUCUCUGUUACCAUUGUUGGCUUGGGAGUGGGCACAGUCAAGAGUAACAUUGCUCCUUUUGGUGCUGAGCAGUUGAACACAGCCAACCCACAAAGGACCCGGAGCUUCUUCAAUUGGUUUUACUGGUGUAUCAACCUGGGCAGCUUGGUGGGGGUGUGUGUCAUCACCUACAUUCAGCAGGAUUGUCCCGGUGUUUGCGUCAAUGGCUUCUUCUGUGGUUAUCUCAUUGCCUCAGUGUGCCUGCUGGUGGCUUUGGUGGUGUUUGUAGCAGUGAUGCCUUGCUACCAGGUGGCUGUACCAGAAGGCAGUGUGCUUGGAAAUAUUGCCAGGAUCUUUUGGGAAGCCCUUACAGCUCAGUUCAAACACUGGAGGCAUCCCCAACCAGUCUCAUCCAUCAGUCCCCUGCGUCUGGAGCCAAGAUUUCUGGACCGGGCCAAGAUCCGUUAUGGAGGCUCUUUCCAUGAAUCAGCUGUAGAUGAUGUACGAUCCUUGGGUCGCCUCUUAGCUGUGUUCAUUGCCCUUAUUCCUUAUUGGCUCGUCUAUUUCCAGAUGGAGACCAGUUUCCAGGCCCAGGGGCUUCACAUGCGAUUCUCAGUUCAUGGGGAAGACUUUGGCAACAAUAGUGAAAGCCUUGAUGAUAACCUGGGAAAGAAGUUCAGUGUGCCAGCUGCUUGGCUUACUUUGUUCAACCAACUCUUUUUGAUUGGUGCCAUACCUGUCUUGACCACAUUCCUUUAUCCAGUGCUAGACAGGGCUGGCAUCAGACUCUCUAUGCUCUUCAGAAUAGGCAUAGGGAUGGUGUUCAGCAUCCUGGCAGUGAUGGUGGCUGGAGGCCUGGAAUCCUAUCGCAUCUUCCUCUGGAGAACUGACAAUUCCACCCACAUAGAACAAAUAGUGGGUAACGUCACCUAUCAUGCAGUGGACAUCUCUAUUUUCUGGCAGGUGCCUCAGUAUGUCUUAGUUGGGGCUGCUGAGCUUUUUGCCAGCAUUGCAGGUCUGGAGUUUGCCUAUUCUGCAGCACCACGGACUUUCCAGGGGAUGAUAAUGGGUCUGUUCUACACACUGGAGGGAGUGGGAUCACUAUUGGGCACAGCAUUACUCCACUUAGUGUCACCUUUCUGGCUUGCCAACACCACUGAUUAUGGCAACAUCAAUGACAACCACCUUGACUUCUACUUGUACUUUCUUGGAGUGCUGCAGAUCACUACAUUCCUGGCUUACUGUGGCUCCCUCUACAUGCAGAGGUUCUCCUUGCGUCCCAUAGCCAUGCCCCGGCACAGGUCUCGGACCCGCAGGAGGAUUCAGAGACAAGGACUGUUGCAGGAGGAAGAUGAGGAAGCAGAGGAAGACCAAGAUGGUGAUGAGGAGGAUGAAGAUGAGAAUGAAAAUGAAGGGCAGGAAGAAAGGAGAAAUACUAUGGAUAGGUACUAUAGGUACCAUCCUGUGUUGUGAGUCUUUUUGUGACAUUCUCUUUCUCCCUUUUCAUAAACAUUGUAAAUAAGUAUAUUAUACAUGUAUUGAAUCUCUCUCUCUCUCUCUCUCUCUCUCUCUCUCUCUCUCUCUCUCUCUCUCUCUCUCUCUCUCUCUCUCUCUCUCUCUCUCUCUCUCUCUCUCUCUCUCUCUCUCUCUCUCUCUCUCUCUCUCUCUCUCUCUCUCUCUCUCUCUCUCUCUCUCUCUCUCUCUCUCUCUCUCUCUCUCUCUCUCUCAGUAUCACUGCCAUAUCACUCAUCAUCCUUGAGUUUAGAAUGUGAAUUCAUAAGUCUAAGAAUUAAUACACUUUUCCCAUCUUGGCAUGACUGGUGCAAUAUAGCUGUUUGUAUGUACACACUUAUAGGCUUACAUUCCCGUUGCAUAAAAUUUGAUGCAGAAUAUACAUAGGUUAAUUUGCUGAUGUCAUAUGGUUGUUUCUGUGGAAGUUCAUAAUAUAUUGUUCAGAGGAAUAUUUGGUAAGUGUGUGUCCAGGUGUGUAUUCAUAUUUAUGAGUCCUUUCAGUACAACUUUAAGUUGAUUUCAUAAAGUUAUCAUGUGCAUUUGUGAAGAUGUCAAGUCUUUGGAUGAACAAAAGAGUGAGGGUUUAAUGAUAAUCUAUUUAUACUAGAAUGAUUUCUCCCACAAAGGUAGGUUGCUGAGACAAGUCAAAGCCUUACCUCAUUGUAGGAGUACAAAUACAAGUUAAGGGUUGCGGUUGAUUAUACUAAUCUGUCUAUCAGUGUGAUAUCUUCUCUUUUAUAGAUAAUGAAUCCCCAGUCCCUUUGUUGUAUUCUUUUUAGUUGCCUUUUGCAAUACUUGGGUAACAUCAGAGCAGUAUCCUCCCAAUCCAGCUAAGGAGUGUGCAGCCAGUUUGUGUCCCUUGUACAGGGGAAACAGUAAAAAUUGUAACAGUGAUGCUAAUGAUAAUCUGUCUAUCUAUACACCAGGCUGUCAGAGCACCACACACUCAUACACACAUCAUUCACACUCAUAGCCCCACUAAUUAUGAUGAUAAUAGUAAUAAAGAAAUAUUUAGUGUUGCUUGAAAAAUAUGAUGCACUUGCAGACUUGCACAUUAGAAAAGUCUACUUAAAGGCCACUCAAAGAAAGUUUCCCACAGACUGAAGGUUUUAAGGUGCUAUCUGAUGACAGUAAACUUGGAUUUGACACAAAAAUGGCUGCCUUGCCAUGACAGAGCCAUGUCAGAAAUUUAGCCUUGAGUAAAAUAUACGUUAUUAAAACAACCAAAAAGAGUGCCUCAUUUAGUCUGGAACAACAAGGUGCAGUUUGUUGAAAUUAUAAUUAAGUUAUGGCAAUAGUUUAUUCAUAUGCAACAAUCCCUAUGUGUUGAGCUGCUUAUUUUCAUAAUGUUAAAGUGGAAUAAUGUGUUUUCUUACUCAUUUUCUUUUUUUUUUUACUAUGGUUAUGGCAAAUCAGAUAUUUUUUAAUCAGUUUCUGGUAUACUGUCAUCUAUGGAUGAAUACUCCUUCCUGCACAGCCUGUAAUAUUAAAAAAAAUAUCAUUACUAUUAUUGAUACCAAUAUAGAAUCUAAACUUACUGCAGACUGUGGCUGUGAGAACUAUUUCCUAAUCAUAUUUCAAGAACUGGGAUUUGGCUUUCUACUAUACUCUGUGUAAGCCUUUAUUUAUUACAUAAUCAUGUAGAAAGUCAAGUUGCUUUCACCAAAAAAAUGUUACUUAGCAACUUUACAAAUUUCAUCUACUUUGGUGAGAUGAAUGUGGGUUCACUAUAAGAUGUCCACCAAGUAACUGAGCUUGAUGUCAAGUUUUAGUGGAACAUAAAAUUGAUAUACUAAUA